UCUUGGUUGUAAGCAUGGCCAUCACUGCAACAAAGAUGGCUCUUAUUGUGGGUACACUUGGUGUGAUCUCUUUCAUAUUUGGAAUUUUUGCCGAGACUAAGAAGCCUGCAGGUGGCACCCCAAUUGCCGGGAAAGAUGUCAUCAUUUGCAAGUACCCAUCAAGUCCCACAGUUGUUUUGGGUUAUCUCUCAUUUUUGUUUCUUUUGGCUUCUACCGUGGUUGGCUACUUGUCACUCUUUCACCCUUACCAAAGAAAAUCAGUUCCAAAUUCUGUUCUGUUCAAAAGCACCAACUUCACCAUCUUCUUUAAUGUUGCUUUGUUUACAACUGGAUUAGGGGCAACCUUUCUAUUAUGGCCAACUUUAACAGAGCAAUUUCACCUGUCCCGCAAUGUCCAUCGCAACCUCAAAACAGAUUGCCCCACGGCUAAAACAGGCCUCCUUGGUGGUGGUGCUUUUGUGUCUUUGGAUGCAUCUCUCUUCUGGUUGGUUGCUCUUAUGUUAGCUAUCAAUGCAAGAGAGGAUUUCUUAGAAGAUGCACAAGAGGAACCUGUUAAGAGUGGAAACAGCCACACUAUCAUAACUAAUAUAUGACUAUGUAUAAUGUGGGUGUGUGAGUGACGCUUCUUCAAUCACUUGUCCAAGGAUCAAAUGUCAUUGGUGGGUGCAUUUCUACAAGGGCGAUUUUUGUAUAGCAAGCAACCUGGUGCUUGACUGCUUGGAGUUUUCAUUGUAAAUAUCAUUUUUCUGUUUGCUUAUUUUGUUUUCACUGCUUUUGAAUAUUGUUCUUCACUGCUUUUGAAUAUUGUUCUUCACAGCUCGAAUGGAAUGUGGAAUGGUAUUGUUUCAACUUACAA